AUGGAUGCGACCCUUAAAGCUCCGGGCGCAACUGCGCGCCCACCUUUCACAAAGGUCCCAAUCGCUCAGCUAUCCCCUGCUCUCGACAAACUGGAUGAGAAAUGUAUAUAUGGGACAGUUACACUCGUCUGGCCUUAUUCGUCUUCCACAAAAUCACUGAGUCUCCUGCUGGCGGAACCAGACUUCCGCUUACGUCGGUCAAAUGGUCAGGUCAAGGCCGUCUUUCACGGGCGCGUCGCAGAAAAAGUUGCAGAAUCACAUAUUGGAAUCGGAGAUAGUGUUCGCGUUUCUCUAAAAGGCCUCGAGCUCAUAGGCAACGAUACCUCCACACAGACACCGGGCCGGUCAAUUUCGUGGGAUAUCCAUAUCAGCAAUGGCGUGUGGCUUGAGGUAUAA